AUGAUCCCAUUCGCAACUGCUGUUUUCUCUAGAUAUGUAGGCAGUAGAUAUUUCCAGAUAAGGAGUACUACAUCUUUCUAUUUAAGCACAUCUCGAAUUUGUAGCAAAGCUAAUUUUAAAAUAGGAUUCAGUACUAAAACUAUAAGAUACGUACAUGUUUCUGCGUAUAAUAAUUGUAAAAGUGAAGUAAAAAAAUCGCAAGAUCAAGAACAAGCCAAAGAAAAUAAUUCACUCAAAGUGUCCGAGAUCAUUACUAAAAGUAAAGAUAAGAUAGUUGUUAAGACUGAGACUGAUGAGAGUAAAAAUGUAACAAAAGUGACGAUAGAAAAGCCAAAAGAAGCAGCAAGUUCUUCCUCUCAGACAGUUGCACCUCCAGCUAAGAAAAGGCUUCUUAUUGAUUUUUCUGCAUCAUAUACAGAAAGGAAUUUUAUUACACCAAUGCGGGCCAUGACUGAAUAUCUAUUGAAACAAUCUGAUCUGGAGUCAUUACCAAAAGUACUAAGAAGGUCUCCUUAUGAAUCGGAACCACCCAUAACUGUAUACUACAGAAAGGAUGUUGAAGCUAAAGCCAUUGAAGUUUGGACCUCAAAAGAAAGUUUGGAAAAAGAACUGUUAAGGAGAGAACUAGAUCGAAGGAGAUAUGAACAAGAUGUUUUUACUGUAAAACGAAGAUUAAGAAAUUAUAGAAGGGAAAUGGGACACAAACGUUUAAAACACGGAGUUGAAGAAAUGGGACUGAAAACAGUAUCGGGACGAGUUGUUCUUACUGCUGUGGCCAUCAAUGGAUGCAAUUUUGUUUUCAAGCUCUGUGCGUGGCUGUACACCGGUUCUCAUAGUUUAUUUUCGGAAUGCAUUCAUUCAUUUGCAGAUACAGUAAAUCAAUUAAUUUUGGCUUAUGGAAUACAUAAAUCUGUGCAGAUUGCAGAUCCCGACCACCCAUACGGCUACACCAACAUGAGAUAUGUGUCAUCCCUGAUUUCUGGUGUUGGUAUUUUCUGUGUGGGCUGCGGCCUUUCCUUCUAUCAUGGUGUCACUGGAAUAUUGGACCCGCAGCCGCUCCAUGAUUUUUAUUGGGCAUACUUCGUAUUGGGCGGAGCCGUCGUCUCAGAGGGCGCCACUCUAAUGGUAGCUUUGAGUGCGAUUAGAAAGGGAGCAAAAGAAGCUAACAUGUCAUUGUAUGAUUAUGUGAUGCGAAGCUCAGAUCCGUCCGUAAAUGUGGUAUUAUUCGAGGAUACCGCUGCAGUAGCGGGUGUAAUAGUAGCUGGUAGUUGUAUGGCAAUAUCGCAGUAUACUGGCAACCCUUUGCCAGAUGCCAUCGGCUCGUUGCUUGUGGGCACACUGUUGGGUGGUGUUGCCUCAUUUAUCAUUUUGAGUAAUGUUGGUGCUUUGAUUGGGAGAUCAAUCCGCCAAGAGCAACUGGAUGAGAUUAAUAGCGUCAAUCUUAUUAGAUACAAGGCAGAAGUCGACUUUGACGGUAGAGCCCUCACGCGAUCUUAUUUGGAGAAACACGAUCUGAAUGCAUUGUUAGAGGAUAUGAAUAAAAUUCAUACAAUAGAUGAUGUCGAAGCUUUCCUUCUGAAGCACGGGGAGAACAUAGUUGACAUGUUGGGGGGAGAGAUUGAUAGGAUAGAAUUGAAGUUACGGAAAAAGUUUCCUCAAAUACGACACUGCGAUUUGGAAAUUCUCUAG